AUGAGUGAAUUAUCACCUCCAUCUAGCAAAAUGGCCGAUGACUAUCCACCACCUCCUCCUCCUGCAAACAAUGGUGUUCCACCACCUUCGUCAUCAUCUUCAUCUGUAGGCCGUCGAGAACGAUCACCUGGUCGUGAUCGCUCCUUGUCACCACGCCGUCGUUCUCCUUCUGCUGGUGGCCGAUACUAUGACGACAGACGCUCAUACCGUGAUGAUGACAGGUACCACAGAGAUCGAUACGAUUAUCCUCGUCGCGAUUACUACCACCGAGACGAUCGCUACGACCGAGACCGCUACGACCGAGACCGUUAUGACCACAGAGACAGAUACGAUCGAUACGACCACCGCUAUGAGCACAGAGACCGUUAUGAACGCUAUGACGACAGAAGAGGAAGAUAUCCUCCUAAAGCAAGAGCAAGAAGACCUGUUGAACGAGGAACAGAACAAGAUAGAAAGUCAUCAACUACUAUUUACGCAGGAAACCUUCCCUACGAUUUCAUUGAACGAGACGUUGCCACCAUGUUUGAACGCUAUGGUCGUUUGAAGUCAGUAACUGUUCCAAUGGACACCGUAACCAAUAAGAAUAAAGGCUUUGCUUUUAUUGAAUUUGAGGAUCGUCGUGAUGCUGAAGAUGCAUUUGAAAAAUUCGAUGGUUUCAGUGUCGAAGGCCGUCGUUUAAGACUUGACUGGGACAUUGGACUUUCAAAGAAAGAACAACAUCGUCCUGCCAGACGUUCAACAAACGGACCUCCACCUAUGGACGACCCUCGUGACAGAAAUAUGAGCGAUCCUUAUUCUGCUCCCCCUCCUCCUCCUCCUAUGGAUUCUCGUGGAUACAGACGCGACUCACCUGAACCUUAUCGUCGCUAA